GUAUUAUCUAGUUUUGAUCUUAUGUGGGAUACGAUCUAUUUAUUGUAAAAUUAACACUACGGAACCUUCGGCAACGCAACGGUACAAGCCGGAAUCUUUUAACGGGUGAACAAGAUCGCGACUCACACUUUAGCUCUUAGUCAUUAUUUUUAAUCAAGUUUAGCUCCUUCCCCAAAUAAUUCUUAUGUGCGCAGAUCCUUAAAACGACAUGUGAUACUUGUGUAUACUUAAACUUGGAAAAAAAAUGCUCAUGAUGUGGAUAUGCUGCGCUGUAUAUUUGCUCACAACAACAGUAGUGACUGCAGAUGAAGAUGGAAUGGUGAAAAUCGCUGGAGGAACGUUUUUGAUGGGGACAAGUGCAUCUGAUGGAAGAGAUGGAGAGUCCCCAGUGAGAAAAGUCAAAGUCCAGUCUUUUCUAAUGGACAAGUACCCUGUAACUAAUGCAGACUUCAGGGGGUUUGUGAGAGCAAACAAGUACAAAACUGAAGCAGAGACUAUAGGGUGGAGUUUUGUGUUUGAAGAUUUUGUGCCAGAGGUGACCAGGAACAAAAUCACAGAAAGGAUAAAGUCGGCACCCUGGUGGUUGCCUGUAUGGCGUGCAUUCUGGAGACAGCCUGCAGGUCCUGCUUCAGGGAUCAAAGAGCGCAUGGAUUUCCCUGUGGUCCAUGUAAGCUGGACCGAUGCCCGGACCUUCUGUGAGUGGAGAGGAAAGAGACUGCCCUCAGAGGAGGAGUGGGAGUGGGCUGCACGAGGCGGCCUUGAAGGUCGAACAUACCCGUGGGGCAAUAAGUUUAAAGCCAAAAGGGCCAACUUGUGGCAGGGAACUUUUCCUGACAAUGACACUGCUGAAGAUGGAUUUCAUGGUGCCUCUCCUGUGACUGCUUUUCCUCCUCAAAACAGCUAUGGUUUGUAUGAUAUGUUGGGAAAUACCUGGGAGUGGACCUCAACGACAUUUCCUGGAUCUCAGAAGAUGUUUGUGCUGAGAGGAGCUUCGUGGAUUGACACUGAAGAUGGAUCAGCAAAUCACAAGGCCAGGAUCACCACCAGGAUGGGAAAUACCCCUGACUCUGCAUCCGAUAACCUCAGCUUCAGAUGUGCUGCCUCCAUUAACAACAAAAAGGACAAAACUCAUAAUAGUUCUGAAUUGUGAAAUAUGUUAACAUGAAAAGUGGAAGAAUGGAAAGUUGUAAAGAAGGGACCAAUCUGUUGCAUUGCUCCUAUGGAGACUUUAUUAUCUGUAUUUUUUUAAAUAAACUUUUUCUGUUGAUUUAAAAA